AUGUCGAUCUCCACCAAGCUGCGUAACUUCGUCAUGGGCGACCCGUCUGAGAGCGAUGGAGACUCAGACACCCACGUUGUCACCAACACAGAGACACCAAAAGGUGAUGACACUGGCAGAGUGUACCCAGAAGGCAGCAUCAGCGAUAAGGCUGCUCAGAUUGAUGAAGCUCAGCGUGGUGUGCAGAAUAUCCAAGCGACCACUUUGACUUGGACAAAGACAUCACUGGCAUCACUCCUGAUCCUCAUUUGGAUCCUCUUUCUCACCAAUGGCUUUCGUGGUUCGAUCUUGGCCAGCUUGGUCCCUUAUGUCACCAGCGACUUCCAGUCUCAUUCUCUGUUGACAGUCAUCGAAAUUGUCGCUGGAGCCAUGGUGUCUGCAGUCUAUAUCCCGAUGGCCAAGUUUUUGGAUGUCUGGGGCAGAGCUGAAGGCUUUGCACUCAUGGUCGCAUUCACCACACUUGGCAUGAUCUUGAUGGCAGUCUCCCAGAACCUUGCCACAUUCUGUGCGGCUCAGGUCUUUUACUCGGUCGGAACCAACGGUCUCAUCUACACAGUCUGUGUACUGGCAGCAGAUGUGACUGAUCUAAGAAAUCGUGGUUUGGCAUUUGCUUUCACCUCGUCACCAUACAUGAUCACCGCUUUCGCCGGAUCCAAGGCUGCCGAAGGCUUCUUGUUGAACGUCAACUGGCGCUGGGGCUUCGGGGCUUUCGCAAUCAUCUUCCCUUGUGUCACAGCCCCAUUGUUCGCAGUGUUGAAGCUGAACGAACACAAGGCGAAGAAGCAAGGGCUUCUGGUCAGAGAAAGUAGCGGCCCUAUCACCAUUGGAAGAGUCUGGCGAGGCGUCGUUGACUUCGAUCUGCUCGGCGUUGUCUUGUUUGCAGGUGGUCUGACAGUAUUCCUGCUGCCCUUCAACUUGGCGACAUCUGCUCCCAAUGGAUGGUCAAGCGACUACAUCAUUGCUAUGAUCGUUGUCGGCCUAGUAGUGCUGGUGUUGUUUGCUCUCCAUGAGGUUUACCUCGCCCCUGCGCCUUUCUUGAAGCAAGAAUACCUCAUGAACCGUACCGUCAUCUUCACCUGCCUCUUGGAUGCGACCUAUCAGAUGUCGUACUACUGCUGGAACUCAUACUUCACGUCGUUCCUCCAAGUUGUCAGUAACCUGCAAGUGGCCGAAGCCGGAUAUGUCAACAGCACUUUCUCGGUCGUCUCUGGAUUCCUUCUUUUCUGUGUUGGGUACCUGAUUCGCAGGACUGGACACUUCAAGUGGCUGCUGUUCAUCGCUGUCCCGAUCUACAUCUUCGCUCUUGGACUGAUGAUCCACUUCCGCCAGCCGAACCAGUACAUUGGCUAUAUCGUCAUGUGCGAGAUCUUCAUCUCGAUCGGUGGCUCCAUCAUCACCCUUGUGGUACAGCUGGCAGUGCUCGCAUCAGUCGACCAUCAGCACGUAGCAGCGGUACUGUCGUUGCUGUACAUCAGCGGUGGUGUCGGAGGAGCCAUCGGCAACACAAUCUCGGGCACCAUCUGGACAAACACUUUCGAGAAGGGACUCGUCCGCUAUCUUCCAGAGUCGGCGCAAGGAAAUCUGACGAGCAUCUACGGCAACAUCGUGACGCAGCUCGCAUACCCAAUCAACAGCCCCGAGCGCAUUGGAAUCCAGAAAGCGUAUGGCUAUGCGCAAACAAGGAUGCUGGCAGCCGGUGUUGGUCUGAUGGGCUUGUCGCUGAUCUGGAUCUGCUUCAUCAAGAACCUGAAUGUAGCCAAGAUGAAGCAGACCAAGGGUGUCGUUCUAUAG